GCCGCCCAUUUCAAACGAAACUGAAUUCCUUCCCCUUCGCCUCCGCCAUGGCGUCGGGCUCCUCUCACCCCCAAAUCGACCAGUUCUUCCCAGCCAAGAAGCGGAGGCCCUCAUCGCGGAAGGACGACGCGCCGCGACCCGGGGCGCAGCAUGGGAGCCCCAGCGGCGCCAAGGGGUCCCUGGAGGGAUACCUCGUCCGGUCGCCUUCCACCCGUGCCACGGUGGCGGCCUCGGCGGCCCCCGCGGGCUCGCAGAGGGGCGGGGACGCGGGCGCCAGGCGGAGCCUCACGGCCGCUAUGGACGUCGAUGUCGCCUCCUCCGCUCCGGCGCCGGCGGUUGAAGGGGCCGAUUUGGAGCUCAGGAGAUUCACGACGGACUUCCUUUCCCAUUGCUGCAGUGCUAUUCCCCCUUUGACGGAUGACUCUGAGUACCAUGAGCAGUUGGAGAAGAAGCAGAAGCGGAGUGCGAGUCAGUCGUUCUUGGUUCCUUACGACAAUGCCUCUGCCAAGAAGCAGUGCAUUGCUCAUUGCAGUGGCUUGGAAGCUCUAAAGGAAUCAGAUGAUAGUGUGGCCUUCAAGAAGCAAUGCAUCAAUCACCAUGGUGGCUCGGAGGCUGUGGAGCAGGAAUCAGUUGAGGGGGUAAAGGUGAGUUGUGUGGGAUUUUCAGCCUUGCAAAGAUGUAGCUUUACCCCAGAUACUACACAGAAAAAAGUUGGGUUUUCUUUAGCCCCUGGGGAAACCCCAAAAUCUGUAUCAAGGAAUUCCCUUACUUCACCUGGGGAAGAAUUCUGGAAUGCAGCAAUUGAAUUCGCUGAUGGAAUAUCCGCCCAGGCAGACAAGGUCCGUGGAAAGCCCGAGUUUGAUGCAACAGAGGAUAAGUCAUCUUGUGCUGUAGCAGUAUGCUCUAAGACUCUUCCUAGAUCAGGAAAGGAUGAGCGUGACUGUCUAAAUACAGUAGGCAGCAAUGAUACACAUCAGAUGGAGAAGUUGUCAAACAAAGUUGAAUUUCUGGCAGCAAACAGUCAGCAUAUAAACAGCUCUCCUUUGCCUGUGAAGCACCUGGACUUCUUUCAUGAGGAUGACAUCCAAGUUUCAGGUUUGAAAUGUGAAGAAAAAGGCAGAAAUGAAGCUAAUAAUGUACAAACAAACCAUGUUGAAUUGAAAGACGGUGGCCUUCAGAGAAAAGAAAAUAUAAGGAAGGGUUCAAUAGAUCCUGUAAAUUUGAUGAAGACACGUGCUCUUGAUUUGCAUGCGGAUUCUGCAGCCAUGAUCCAAUGUCAUGGUGUAUUCAAGUCAACAACCGAAGGGAAUGUUCACUCAACUCGAGAGAGUGACAAAGAUUCUCAUCAAAAUAAAUCACUUGCUGCAUAUUCAAAUGGUUGCUUGCCUAUGAAAGAUACCAAAAGUAAAUUUGUUUCUCAAGAAGUGGAAACUAGCACACCUACUAGCUCUGUUCCUCUGAAGGACCACUCAAAGCUAUCAAGUUGGCUCCCUCCAGAGCUUUGUGCUGUAUACAUGAAAAAAGGCAUUUCGGAGCUGUAUCCUUGGCAGGUUGAGUGCUUACUUGUGGAAGGUGUCUUGGAGAAAAGGAAUCUUGUGUAUUGUGCAUCCACGAGUGCUGGUAAAAGCUUUGUUGCUGAAGUUCUGAUGUUGAGGAGGAUACUGUCAAGUGGGAAUAUGGCAAUUCUUGUCCUUCCCUAUGUGUCGAUAUGUGCUGAAAAGGCUCAACAUCUUGAACAACUUCUUGAGCCACUGGGUAGGCAUGUCCGUAGCUUCUAUGGAAACCAGGGGGGAGGAUCACUUCCUAAAGAUACAGCAGUUGCUGUGUGUACCAUAGAGAAGGCAAAUUCUUUGGUAAAUAAGUUGUUGGAGGAUGGCCGCCUCUCUGAACUUGGUGUAAUUGUAAUAGAUGAACUUCAUAUGGUUGGUGACCAACACAGAGGGUACCUUUUAGAGCUGAUGCUGACAAAGCUUCGAUAUGCUGCUGGUGAAGGGAAUUCAGAGUCAUCUAGUGGAGAAACUUCAGGCUCUAGCAGUGGGAAGAUGGCAACUCAUGGAUUGCAGAUAAUUGGUAUGAGUGCUACUAUGCCCAAUGUUGCUGCUGUAGCUGAUUGGCUUCAAGCUGCUCUUUACCAAACUGACUUUCGACCAGUUCCACUGGAGGAAUUUAUCAAAGUUGGUAAUCAAAUAUUUGAUAAAGACAUGAAUGUUGUUCGUGUCCUUCCAAAAGUAGCUGAUCUCGGUGGCAAGGAUCCAGAUCAUAUUGUUGAAAUGUGUAACGAGGUUGUUCUUCAGGGUCAUUCUGUGCUUUUGUUUUGCUCCAGCCGUAAAGGCUGUGAGUCAACUGCAAGACAUGUUGCCAAGUUCUUGAAAGUAACCUCUGUUGGACCAAGUGAUGUUAGUUCAGAAUUUUCAGAUGCUGCAUCAGCUAUUGAAGCCUUGAGGAGGUGCCCUUCUGGAUUGGAUCCUGUAUUGGAAGAAACCCUUCCUUUUGGUGUUGCAUAUCAUCAUGCUGGUCUUACGGUUGAGGAGAGGGAGAUUGUGGAGUCAUGCUACCGUAAAGGCCUCGUCCGUGUGCUGACUGCCACUUCAACUUUAGCUGCUGGUGUUAACUUGCCUGCUAGACGGGUUAUAUUUAGGCAACCUAAGAUAGGUCGUGAUUUUAUUGAUGGGACUCGCUAUAGACAGAUGGCUGGUCGUGCUGGUCGAACUGGAAUAGACACAAAAGGAGAAAGUAUACUUGUAUGCAGGCCUGAAGAGGUCAAGAGGAUUACAGGUAUUAUUAGAAGCAAUUGCCCUCCCUUGGAGUCCUGUCUCUCUGAAGAUAAAAAUGGAAUGACUCAUGCAAUUAUGGAGGUUGUUGCUGGUGGGAUUGUGCAAACUGCAAAUGAUAUUCAUCGAUAUGUGCGGUGUACGCUGCUUAACUCCACCAAACCUUUUGACGAUGUCGUGAAGUCAGCUCAAGACUCCCUUCGCUGGUUAUGCCAUAAAAGGUUUCUUGAAUGGAACAAUGAGACAAAAAUAUACUCUUCUACCCCACUUGGUAGAGCGGCUUUCGGAAGUUCACUCAAUCCUGAGGAAUCAUUGGUUGUGCUUGAUGAUCUUUCUAGGGCAAGAGAAGGCUUUGUUCUUGCAUCUGAUUUGCAUUUGGUUUACUUGGUAACGCCCAUAAAUGUGGAUCUUGAACCUGAUUGGGAAUUAUAUUACGAGAGAUUCAUGCAACUUUCUUCUCUUGAGCAGUCAGUGGGCAAUCGGGUUGGAGUAGUUGAACCCUUCUUGAUGCACAUGGCUCAUGGGGCGGCAAUGCCUGUUCGUGGAAGGCCUCAGAGAAACACUGGUUUACGCAACAAGUCUCCAGCACAAGCUGGUGGAAGUUCACUUAUUAAUGAGCAGACACUCAGAGUGUCUAAACGCUUUUAUGUGGCUUUGAUGUUAUCAAGGCUUGCUCAGGAGAUUCCUGUUGCUGAUGUUUGUGAAGCAUUUAAGGUUACCAGAGGUAUGGUUCAGGCGCUGCAGGAAAAUGCUGGCAGGUUUGCUUCAAUGGUUUCUGCAUUUUGUCAGAGACUUGGUUGGAAUGAUUUAGAAGGUCUAGUAGCGAAGUUCCAAAAUCGUGUCUCUUUUGGAGUUAGGGCAGAGAUUGCUGAACUUACAUCAAUUCCAUUUGUCAAGGGCUCACGUGCAAGGGCUCUGUAUAAGUCUGGUCUGCGUACUCCUGUUGCCAUUGCUGAAGCAUCUAUUCCUGAAAUUGCAAAAGCUCUUUUUGAAUCUUCUACUUGGUCUGGGCAAGAUGAUUCUGGUUUACGACGAAUGCAAUUUGGUAUAGCCAAGAAGAUAAAAAAUGGAGCUCGCAAGAUUGUCCUUGAGGAGGCAGAAGCUGCCAGAAUAACAGCAUUCUCAGCUUUCAAGUCACUUGGUGUAGAAGUUCCUCAGUUCACCGCACCUGCACUCCCAGCUAUUGAGGACUCCCCAACUCGAGAUAUGAUAGUUUCUCCUUGUGGAGAUCAAAUUAAGUGCAAUAAGCUAGGUUUCGGGACCGAUGCUGUAGAUGAUAAAAAUAACUCAUCUGAUUAUGGUGCUUCAAGAACUGCAUACAGUCUAAGAGAGCAACACCCUGAUUCUUCCAUUCAAAUGAAAGAGAAUCUAGGAAUAGCUAACAGUGCAAAAAUUACCACACAGGAAGCAGCAUCACCUUCGUCAACAGAAAUUAUUGCUGGAUGGAGUAGUACAACUGUGGCUGACAAAGGUCCUGUCAAUGCAUAUAACUUCCCAGGGGGAUUUGACUGUUUCCUUAAUCAAUGGUCUGCAGUUAGUGAAUUUUCCUUUGAUGUUCACUUUAUCAAGAAAUCAAUGAAACCAUCUUCCACCCUUUUCGAAGUCUUUGGGUUGGCAGUCUGUUGGGAAAAUUCCCCCAUAUAUUACUGCAACUUCCCAAAAGAUCUAGUCACUACUGGUAUCAAUGAUUCAAGUGAAAUGUGGGGUCAUUUCCAGAGAAGAUGGAAAAAAAUAGCUGACAUUAUGCAACGUAAGAGUGUCAAGAAAAUGACAUGGAACUUGAAGCUCCAGAUUCAGGCACUUAAAUCAGCUUAUGUCUCUUGCCAACGGCUUGCAAGGUUUCAUCUUGACCAUAAAAUGCUGGACAAUAUUGAAGUACUUGACAACUCGUACGUGUUGCUAUCACCAAUCUCUGUUUAUAAUGGAUUGGAUUUAUGCCUGGUGGCAUGGGUUCUUUGGCCUGAUGAAGAAAGCAGAACGGUACCAAAUCUUGAGAAGUUAGUCAAGAGACGACUUCAUAGUGAAGCUGCUGCUGCUGCAAAUCGGGAUGGAAGAUGGAGAAAUCAGAUGCACAAAGCAGCACACAAUGGCUGCUGCAGACGUGCUGCACAGACUCGGGCUUUGUAUACUGUCUUGAAGAAAUUACUUGUUUCUCAAAAUCUCAAUGAUUUGGUUGACACAAUUGAGGGUCCAUUGGUAAAUGUUCUUGCUGAUAUGGAACUUUGGGGAAUUGGUGCUGACAUGGAUGCUUGUCUCCAUGCGAGGCAUAUUAUAAUAAAAAAGCUAAAGGAACUAGAGAAAGAAGCUUACCGAUUAGCUGGCAAGACUUUCUCACUAAAUGCAACUGCUGAUAUCGCAGACAUUCUAUACACACACUUAAAAUUGCCAGUUCCAAAAGUUUGUGAGAAAGGGAAGCUGCAUCCUAGCACUGACAAGCAGUCUCUAGACCAUCUAAGGGACCUACACCCGAUUGUCCCAGUAAUUAAGGAGCACAGAACAUUGGCCAAACUGUUGAAUGGCACCUUGGGGUCCAUUUGUUCACGUGCUCAAUUUUGCACUCAAUCACAAAGGUACAUCAUCCAUGGAAAUUGGCUUCAGACAUCAACUGCCACUGGCCGCUUAUCUAUGGAGGAGCCAAAUCUGCAGUGUGUUGAGCACUUGGUGGAAUUCAAUACAGGGAAAAGUGAUAAAGAUUACUCAAUUGUGUCAGAGGUUGAUCGUCAUCAAAUCAAUGCCCGUGAAUUUUUCAUUCCCACACAGGAGAACUGGUUGUUGGUAACUGCUGAUUACUCACAGAUUGAGCUGCGUUUAAUGGCUCACUUUUCUAAAGAUCCUACGUUGAUUGAGCUUCUAAGUAAACCUAAUGGUGAUGUUUUUACUAUGAUCGCUUCGAGAUGGGUUGGCAAAGAAGAGGCCUUGAUCUCUUACAAAGAGAGAGAGACCACUAAAAGAUUCAUAUACGGCAUCCUUUAUGGAAUGGGUGCAAACUCCCUUGCAGAACAACUUGAGUGCAGCACAGAGGAAGCUGCACAGAAAAUUCAAAGCUUUAAGAGAUUUUUUCCUGGUGUUUCCUCAUGGCUACAUGAAGCUGUAGCAUCUUGCCGCCAAAAAGGAUAUGUGGAGACCUUGAUGGGCCGGCGACGUUUUCUUACAAAAAUAAUGGCUGGCAAUAGCAAAGAGAAAGCUAAAGCACAGAGACAAGCAAUAAAUUCUAUUUGCCAGGGUUCUGCUGCUGAUAUAAUCAAGGUGGCUAUGAUUAGAGUUCAUUCGGUAAUUACCAACAGAACUAGGGAAGUUGAUUCAACUGAUGAAGUUACGAGGAACUUUUCAGAAAUAGGUGGCAAGUGUCACCUUAUUUUGCAGGUGCAUGAUGAGUUGGUAUUGGAAGUUGAUCCAUGUAUGGUAGAACAGGCUGGAAGGCUGUUACAGAUUUGUAUGGAGGAAGCGGCUUCACUCUGGGUACCUUUGCGUGCAAAAAUAAAGGUGGGAAAAACUUGGGGUUCCCUAGAACCCUUCUAUCCCGAGCCUCGUUGAUACAAUGUUCCAUGGAAAUCAGUUUUUUCAUGACAUACAAAUUCAAGGGCCAAGAUGAAAGAUUCUGUAAGAAAGCUGAGCAAGUUCCGACAUGCCCCACUGAGGCCAUGAAAAUUCACCUCCUGCACUACCAAUCUCAUGGAGCCUGCCAAACAUCGUGGCAUCUUGUUCUGCAUUAUCCAUGCAUUUCACAAGAAGCAUGGCUGUUGCUGUGGUCCGUCUGUGCCUUCGGCUUUGAACUUGCCGUUGCAUGAUUGGACCGAGUCACUGAACUAGUGAACUGUAUAUUGGUGAUCCUUUCUGGCGUUCCAGCAGUUGAGUUGAGCCAUUUCUAUUGCGAUGGUUGCGCUCUCUCUCCUGUCAUCACUGAUUGUAUGUGGAAUCAAGUGUACAGGACCAGCUGAAAGACCAGAUAAGGCAUGAAAGACCAGUGAUAAUAAUUGAUGGUACGUGUUGCAUGCUGGCGAUUAUUAGGUUUUCAUAUAUCAUCUGUAGAUGCUGUCCAAGGGACAUGCUGGCAUCUAAUGGGCAUGCACCCUUCAAGGUUCGUGGAUUCUGUAUAGGUUAUCUACAUUGUAUAUAACUGCAAAUUUUGUAAAGGUUUUGGUUACCAUGCAAGCAUGCAAGAGGAUGUUUGCUUCAAAUUUCUCUGAUGUGUACAUUUUUUCUUCCGAGGUUAUCUACAUUGUAUAACUGCAAAUUUUGUAAAGGUUUUGGUUAGCAUGCAAGAGGAUGUUUGCUUCCUCGUAAA